ACUGGCGCUGCUCUCGUGGGACAAACGCAGACUGAGAAACUCCGAAAAAGGAACUCGGCCGAGCCGAAAAUGUUCGGCUUUUCGAGUAGGAAGGAGAAGCUGGCUUCCGGCCGAUCCUUUUCCCCACCAGGCCUCGACACAAUUACUACAAGGUGACUCCUCUGGUGGGAUCUCUUUGUGUCAAGCAUGGUGUUCACUACGAGUGCAAGCCCAUCCUCACAGCUUUUGCAGAUGCAAAAAUGAGAGGGCAGUAAAACGAGAGCAUCAACGAGAGGGGGAUGGGGGAAAGGCAUCCUUUAUAUAUAUGGGAGAAACAAGCCGGGACUUCAAAGACGGCGUCAAAUCUCUCUCCUCCUGCCGAAAAGAGCCUGACGGCACCCACCGCGCAGCAUCUAUUGGAAGGCAGCUCGGCCAAUGCCGGAUCGCGUCGCCCCAUCUCGCUUCGUCUUCAAAUGCAGCUCCCCCGCAGGAUCCAGAGAAAGACGGACGAGACGGACAAAGAGACCGAAUCGCCCAUGGGGAAAGGCGGGGAGCAAGGCGAAGAAUGCGGCGGCGGCGAACGGGAGGCGCCGAUCCCCUCCUAUACUUGGGAGGAGAUCCAGAAGCAUAACCUGCGCACGGACAAGUGGUUGGUGAUCGAACGGAAGGUGUACAAUAUCACCCAGUGGGUUAAAAGGCACCCGGGAGGAAUCCGCGUGAUCAGUCACUACGCCGGCGAAGAUGCCACGGAUGCAUUUUGGGCCUUUCAUCCUGAUAUCACCUUUGUAAAGAAGUUUCUUAAGCCAUUAUUGAUUGGAGAACUUGCUCCAGGAGAACCCAGCCAAGAUAGAGGAAAGAAUUCUCAGCUAGUAGAAGAUUUCCGUGCCCUGAGAAAGACAGCAGAGGACAUGAAGCUAUUCAAAUCCAAUCCUAUAUUUUUCUCCCUUUAUUUGGCUCACAUCCUUGUGAUGGAAAUUUUGGCUUGGUUAAUGGUGUUAUAUUGUGGGACAAGUUGGAGCAUAACCUUGGUACUUUCCAUCAUCCUCACAGUCUCUCAGGCCCAGGCUGGGUGGUUGCAGCAUGACUUUGGACAUCUCUCUGUAUUUCAGAAGUCUGUAUGGAACCAUAUAGUUCAUAAGUUUGUGAUUGGUCACUUGAAGGGUGCUUCAGCAAAUUGGUGGAAUCACCGGCACUUUCAGCACCAUGCAAAGCCAAACAUCUUCAAGAAAGAUCCAGAUGUGAACAUGCUGCAUCUCUUUGUGUUGGGAGAUACCCAACCUGUGGAGUAUGGAAAGAAGAAGCUGAAGUACUUCCCUUAUAAUCAUCAACAUGAAUACUUCUUUUUGAUUUUCCCACCUCUCCUUAUUCCAGUCUAUUUCCAAAUGCAAAUCUUCACAACAAUGUUCAAACACAAGUUCUGGGUGGACCUGGCAUGGGCCUUCAGCUACUAUGUACGCUACUUUAUCACCUACAUCCCAUUUUAUGGAUUACUUGGGUCCCUGCUUCUCCUCACCUUUGUCAGGUUUAUGGAAAGCCAUUGGUUUGUUUGGGUUACUCAGAUGAAUCAUAUUCCAAUGGAAAUUGACAGUGAGAAGCACAGAGACUGGCUCAGCUCCCAGCUGGUAGCUACUUGCAAUAUUGAGCAAUCUAUUUUCAAUGACUGGUUCAGUGGACAUCUGAACUUUCAAAUAGAGCACCACUUGUUUCCCACAAUGCCACGCCACAACUACCACAAGAUAGCACCGUUGGUAAAGUCCCUGUGUGCCAAGUAUGAAGUUCCUUAUGAAGAAAAACCUCUUCUGAGAGCAUUUGCAGACAUUGUUGGAUCCCUAAAGAAAUCUGGAGCACUGUGGUUGGAUGCUUAUCUCCAUAAAUGAAGCUGGAUUUCGAUGAAGAGAAUGACUUAGCAAAG